AUGGAUGAUGUCGAUUUGCGACAGGAAAUCCUCCAGCGCACUCUGGAAGAGGUAGCUGCCGAGGAGAAAGAGGCCUCAAAUGCUUGCGUUAUUUGUCUAGACACCAUCACCGAACCGUGCGUGGCACAACCAUGCCACCAUGCGAACUUCGACUUCCUCUGCCUUGUUAGUUGGCUGGAGCAGCAGCCUAAAUGCCCACUAUGCAAAGUCGACCUGUCAGCCGUGCAAUAUGAUCUCAGCGCUUCGCAAGGGCCAAAGCUGUACAAGAUCCCGCCCCGGAGCGAAACAAUAGCAACAGCUCCAGCCACAGCCACAGCUCGGACGCGACCAGGAACUCGCUAUGGCCAGCGAGGAAGGCGACGUCCUCAGCAGCCGCCGCGACCGCCGCGACCGCAGCUAGAUGAUCCACUCCAGCGCCGGCGCAACGUCUAUCGCAACCGGACCUACUCCAUGCGUGUCGGAUCAAAUCGGCUAUCACAAUAUCGAGAAUUGACACCAGAGCUCUUCGGUCGCGACGAGGGGCUUGUUUCGCGUGCUCGGAAGUGGAUCCGCCGCGAAUUACGAGUCUUCUCUUUCCUGAACCCGGGGUCGGAGGAAGACGAGAGCACAUCUCCUCAGGUCUCACGCCCUGGGCCUCAACGGCUGGAGAGCCGCCGGGCAAACAACGCUGAAUUUUUGCUGGAAUAUAUCAUAGCCAUUUUGCGCACGGUCGAUCUCAAAGGCAGUGCUGGGCAGGCGGAGGAGCUGUUGAGUGAUUUCCUUGGGCGAGAGCAUGCUUGUCUAUUCCUUCACGAAUUGCAAGCAUGGCUGAGGAGUCCAUAUAACUCAUUGGAGGAUUGGGAUCGUAAUGUCCAAUACUCCAAUACACCGCGGCAUACAUAUGAGGGAGGGCACAGGGACUCUGAUGGGCCGGACCGUAGACCGACUCCUGUAUACAAUCGCGGUAGACCACAGCGGUCCCGGGGACAAUACCGGUCCAGGUCCCAAGAGGCGCUCGAUCGUUCUAGACGGCUACAGCAGGCACAGCAGCGAUAUCGUCCUUACUAG